AAGAAGGGACAAAAGAAGAGAGUUACCAGUGCGUGGAUAAAAGUGCGUUCAAAGUGUUCUCGAGGGGUAACCCGUGGCUGGACGUUUGGCAGGCAAGCGUUCUCGGUCUGGUGAAGGAGCCAGGGCCGAGGCGGGUGCAGGCAUGCGGCGGACCUGACUCGGCCGAGGUAGCGUGUUGCAGAAGUGGCCAAUCCAUCAGCCGGGCGUACGAUAAUCGUACGAUGAUGCCGCUCGCGCCGACGCCAAUUGUUCCGGUGCCCUCGAAGCCGAAGAUCGGCUUCAGCAUCGACUCGAUCGUCGGCGGUGGUGGGCAGGGGCGGGAGGACCGCCUGGACCGUUUGGAGCGGGUCGAGAUCGAGAGGGACGAUGGCAGCCCCAUGGACGUGGUCGAGGGCUCCUCCUCCCCCCGCACGCGAAGGGUGACCACGAGAUCGCCGGGCGCCCACUCGGAGGGCUCCGACCGGCCCGUCUCCCGAAGCUCCUCCGUCGAGUCGUAUCCCAACUCGCGGAGGACGCCGUCGCACCCCGGCAGCCACCAUCACCACCACGCCAACCACCACGGCCACCAUCAUCAUCUGUCCACGGCGACGCACCUCGACUUCGGCCGCACCACGGUGCACAGCCACAGCGGAGGAUCGACACCCAACAACAGCCCCAGCCCGCCCCACAGGAUAUCGCACGGGGACUCGCCGGUCGGCGCGCACCCCCAACCCCCGCCAGGGGUCGUCAGGCCCAGCCCCAACUAUCUCGCGCCGCCACCUGGCGCGGCCACCGCGGCCGCUGUCGCCGCCGAACAGUUGAAGUCCCUUUACGGGCUGCCCGGCCACGGCCCGACCGGGCCCCAAACGGGCCAGACCGAGUACCACACGCAACAGCAACUAGCCCUGGCCGCGAAUUUGGCCGCGGCCCAACACUUCCAGGCGGCCAACCUCGCGGUGGCCCUCCAGGCGCAUCAUGGCGCGUCGCCCCACGGGCCACCCCACGGGCCUUAUCCCCAUGGCGGCGCGCCUGGAGGACCCCAUCCACCGCCGCAUCCUCAUCAGCCGCCCAGGGACAGCUAUCCGCUUUAUCCUUGGCUGCUCUCCAGGCACGGAAGGAUCUUCCCUCACAGAUUUCCUGGAGGGCCCGACAUACCGGGCUUUCUCCUCCAGCCAUUCAGGAAGCCGAAGAGAAUAAGGACGGCCUUCAGCCCCAGUCAGUUGCUGAAGCUGGAGCACGCGUUCGAGAAAAAUCACUACGUCGUCGGCGCGGAGAGGAAGCAGCUGGCGCAGGCGCUCUCGUUGACGGAAACGCAGGUGAAGGUAUGGUUCCAGAACCGACGGACGAAGCACAAGCGGAUGCAACAAGAGGAGGAGGCGAAAGCGCAGCAGCAAUCUGGGGGCGGUGGAGGCGGAGGUGGUGGCGGUGGUGGAGGGGGCGGGAACACGAACAACAAUUCCAACAAUAAGAACACCCAUCACGUGAGCAAAUGGCAACAGGAGACCGGAGAUUAUCACCACGAGGAGGAGGAGGAAGAGGAGCACAUCGAUCCGGAGGCGGAGGAGUGUUCUAGCGGCUCGGAGGCGUAGCUAGACGUUCUCUGCCUGGACUAAGGUGCCAGGAAUUGCGUCUGACCGACGAUGAACGAUUGCUCGAAUUUUUGGCAACCGUGGUUCGAUCGACAAGAAAGUAUAAGGCCUAUGUAAAGGAGAAACCUUUUGGAUUUUCUACUGUGCGAUGGAAUUGUCGGAAUUGCCCUCCCGAUUGUAAAAAUCUUGGGAGAGGGGUGUAAAAUCAAGGGUUGCGAUGCAUCGAGAAGAUCUAAACGGGAUAAAAUCGAGAAUUUUGGAAGGAUCGCGAUUUGGAAUUGCCGGAGAAGAAAUUUUUCUUUUUUUUUUUUUUUUAUUAUAUAUUGUGAACAUCGUGUGAAGUGUAGAGAGUUUUUGAAAUUUGAAAAGAUUGGGAAUAAACGAAAAACUUGGAUGGAACGGCUGGAGUUGCUGAACGAUACGGAUAGUGAGUGAUCGAAACGAGUUCGAAAAUUGUCGGUGGAGAUCGAAAAAUUUCUUGCGAUUCGACCAGAAAUUUUAUAUAAAAAUUGUCGAUAGUGAGAUCGCGCGUGUGUCACAAUCUUAGGAAGUGAGUGUUGAAGCGAAGAUCGAUCGUCUUGUAACGAUCGCGGAAGGACUGCUCGAGAAAAAGUUUGAGAGACUUGCGGAAUUGUUGAAAUUCCAAAAUACAUCGAGCGAAGAUGUAAACGAAACGAAAGCGGCAGACAGAAGAGGCUAGGAGGAGACUAGAAAGGAGAAAAGGAAUCGACGACGAUGAAAUUGUCGUGGAAUUGCGUGUCUCGCGAGUUUCCAAAGAUCGCAACCGGUAAACGAAAAUAAACGGCGCACGAUACGUUAUCAAAUACGUGUCCCGCUGACAAGCUCAUGAUCGUUCGAUCGAGGAAUUGCCGAGGAUUUUCCCCAUCGAUCGGCAAUUCCAACAGUCGCCGUUGGACGACGACUGCGGAAGACUGCGGAUAUCCCUGUUGGCAAGACUGACAUAGCUCACCCGUGUUCCCCUCGUCGAAAGCGA